UCCAAAACUCAAAAGGGACGACUCACGAGACUCAGGGUCAGGCCCCAUCCCAUACGGCAAUGACUUCUGCCCUUUGCAGCUGUUGAUUUUUGCGGAGGAAUAUCCUCUUGAUCUGGGCAGCAUUUUGAUGAGUGAUUUGCAUUCAAUUCAACAGCGACAUCCAUCUAUAUUGACGAUGACAACCCCAUCCACACACUUCCAGUAGGCGAAUCAGAUUUCUCUGCGUUCCGAAAUUCCUAUUCGUUUGAUUUUGAUUUCGUUUCAUUUGGCGAUUUUCGAUUCCUCUUCUUCCAUGGCGAAUUCGCGCUUGUUGCUGGCGGUUUCCGUUCUUCUUGCUCUCUCGUCUGUUCCGACCUCCAUCUUCGCCGCCGAUGAAAAGCAGCUCCGGUUUGACAGUACAAGAGGGCAGUUCAGGAUAUUGCAGGUGGCGGAUAUGCAUUACGCGGACGGCGAGUCCACGCCGUGCUUGAACGUGUUACCGGCUCAGGUUUCCGGCUGCUCCGACCUCAACACCACUGCCUUCCUCCACCGCAUGAUCGCUGCCUUCCAACCCCACUUCAUCGUCUUCACUGGGGAUAACAUUUUUGGAUUUGAUGCCUCGGAUCCAGCUGCUUCUAUGAAUGCUGCAUUUGCCCCUGCAGUUGCUGCCAACAUUCCUUGGGCAGCUGUUCUGGGAAACCAUGACCAAGAGUCUACACUUUCAAGGGAAGGGGUGAUGAAACAUAUUGUUGGCAUGAAGCACACCCUUUCUCAAUUAAAUCCUCCUGAGGCCCAUGUCAUUGAUGGUUUUGGGAACUAUAAUCUAGAAGUCCAUGGGGUUGAGGGUUCGAAUUUUGCAAAUAAAUCAGUUCUCAAUUUCUACUUCCUUGACAGUGGUGAUUACUCUACUGUUCCCUCUAUCACUGGUUAUGGAUGGAUCAAACCCUCUCAGCAGUUUUGGUUCCAACGCACUUCCAUGAAACUUCAGAGAGCGUACAUGAGCAAGCCAGAGGCUCAGAAGGGACCUGCCCCGGGGCUUGUAUACUUCCACAUUCCGUUGCCAGAAUUUACAAGCUUUGACUCAUCAAACUUCACAGGUGUUAAACAAGAAGGAAUCAGCUCUGCUUCAGUAAACUCUGGCUUCUUCACAACCAUGGUGGAAGCGGGUGACGUCAAGGCUGUUUUUACUGGCCACGAUCACAUCAAUGACUUCUGUGGCGAGCUAACUAGCAUAAAUCUAUGUUAUGCUGGAGGCUUCGGAUAUCAUGCUUAUGGGAAGGCUGGUUGGGCCAGGAGGGCAAGGGUGGUGGUUGCAUCCUUAGAAAAAACAGCAGAUGGAGGUUGGGGAGCAGUCAAGUCUAUCAAAACGUGGAAGCACCUUGAUGAUGACAAACUCACUCCUAUUGAUGGUCAGGUUCUUUAUAGCAAGAGUACUACAGGAAGCCGUAGAAAGAAAAAUGUUGGGCGCCCUUAGCAGAUAGAAUAGAGUAGUGCAAUUCAGAAGUUAAAUGGCAGUCGGUAUGAAGAUUCACGUCUGGUUCAGUAGGAACGUUGUAGUUCUAUAUGUUUUAUUGUAUUCAGAUUCUAAUGAAAUGUUUCGGUUGCAAGGAAGCGCCAUGCAGCAAAUUACGCACGGAAAUAUGAAUCUACAAUGUGGGGUGUGGUAAAUUAUACAGGAUUAAAUAAUUUUGUCAAUUUUGGCAAUGCGAAUUCUUGUUUGAUUCUUGAAAUGGUCUGGUAAUACUUGGAAGAUAUAAUACAUUUCUAUCAUCAGUCCUUGUGAA